GUGAAGAAGGAUGGACAGCGUGCAGGAGUUGAUCCCCUUUGCCAAAGAGCUGGUGAGGCAGAAGCCCAGCCGCAGGCUGCUGAAGGUCUACCUGCUGGGCUCCGUGUUCGCCGUGCUCGGGAUGCUCCUCGGCCUGAUGGAGGCCGUCUGCCAACCCUUCUCCUCCACUGAGUCUUUGGACCCAGAUAUGGUCCUCCUGUUGGCCCGGAUGGAGAGGAGCGCCGAGGCUGAGAGACGGAGGAAAGAGAACAGCCGGGAGGAGGAGGAGCGAGUCGGUGCUGAAGAGAUUCCAGCCGGGAAGACCUCAGUCCCUGAGGCUCCUCCACACAUCCAGAGGACCACGGCCAACCGGCUCCACGCCUCCUAGUCUGUGACCCAAACGGGUUUCAGAUCCUGACUGAGGCACUGAUGCACUCAACAAACAUGAUGUGACGAUGUGUUCAAAGUAACAAAGUUCAUUUACUCAAGUACUUCUGUUUUCUGUUACUUUAAACUUGUACUCCAUCAGAUCUCAGAGGUAAAUCUUCUGCUUUCUACUCCACCUUUAUCUGACAGCUAGUUACAGGUUACUUUAUAAAAACAA